AUGACGACGUCUGUUGAAAACCCAACUAUCCUUUCCCUGGUGGAGGACAUCAAGCAGACGGCGUUGCAGGACCAAAGCCCUGGUCGUUCUGCCGAAUCGCAUUUCCAGCUUCUUGGCCUGAUCGACAAGCUGCGUCUGGCAGUUGAGACUCCGACGGAGACGGUGCUGCGUCUGAUCUACCAGCCACCGCAGAAUGCAGCCCUCCGCACCAUUAUGGACCUGGGCAUUUUCCCCUUGUUGGUCGAGCAGAACAAGCGCGGCUUGUCGGCCACGGAACUGGCGAGACGCACCGGGGCUGAGAGAGGCCUCAUUGUCCGUCUGAUGCGAGUUAUGACCGCCCUUGGGUUGUGUGCGAGCCAUGAGUCCGAAGUAUACAUUGCGACCGAGAAGACGGCCGUCAUGACCCAGCCGAUCGGGAGAGAUGGGAUUCCCUGCAUAUAUGACCUUACGAUGCCUACCCUGGCUAAACUUCCUGACUAUUUUCGGGAACAUCACUACAUCUCCCCCAAAGAGUACUCUCGUUCUCCUAUGCAAUGGGCUGUCGGGCAAAGUCAAUUCGAGUGGCUUGCGCAGAGCAAGCAUCGGCAAGGUCUCUUUAACUCGUACAUGUCUAGUCGUCGCCACGGCAAGCCCAGCUGGUUUGAUGUGUAUCCCGUCGAGCGCUUGACGAGUGGUGUCAUGGACCACCCGGAGGCCGUCUUCCUGGUUGAUGUAGGUGGGAACCAGGGACACGACCUGGUGAAGUUCCAUGACAAGCACCCCGAGGUGCCGGGACGCUUGAUCCUGCAAGAUCUGCCCAAGGUGGUAUCUCGCUGUCCGGGUGAGGGGAUUCAGGGUAUGGGGUAUAGCUUUUUGGACCCACAACCCAUCAAGGGUGCAAGAGCAUACUACUUCCGCGCCAUUUUCCACGACUGGCCGGACCACAUCUGCCGCAAGAUUCUCGUCAACACGAUCUCGGCCAUGGACCCCGGGUACUCGCGGAUCAUCAUCUCCGACUUUGUGUUGCCGGACACGGACGCCCAGCUCCUGCAAGCGUCGUUGGACAUUCAGAUGAUGAGCAUCGGGUCUGGCGUGGAGCGCUCCGAGCGGCAGUGGCGGGAGUUGCUGGACGAGGCGGGAUUGGAGAUCACCGGCAUCUGGAAGGGGAAUCCCGGGAUGGAGUCGGUGAUUGAGGCCGUGCGAAAGGAAGAACCCUCCAUGUUGUGA